AUGCCAGACACCUUACAAACCACAUUUCCUCAAUCCAGUCGCCUGUAGCGAUACCAUUCCCUCAAGGUCUCCUUGAAACGGCAGCAGAAGCCGAGCGCGGCUCGUUCGUGGAAAAUGCGGUGAUCUUCAGGAGGUCUUUGUAAGACGACCUUUUGAGGGAACGUCGUGGAUUUACUUUCGCAGACGCUAGAAAUACGAGGAGCGCGUUAAAGCCGCGGCGCGAGAGUGUAUGUAUGUAGACAUGGCAGGGCUGUGCACAUCCGGGCCACAGGACCGUGACUCCAUUCUUUUCUGUUCACUGUGAAACUGGCGUUGAGGGCAACCAAAAAGCGACUCUAACAUAUUCGACUCGUUUUCUGUAGUAAUCAGACUGGAUAAGGGUCAAGGACAUGUCUAAUCAAGGAGUUAGAAGAAAUGGACCCGUUAAGUUGCGUUUAACAGUUCUGUGCGCAAAGAACCUGGUGAAGAAAGACUUCUUCCGACUGCCAGAUCCCUUCGCUAAGGUGGUGGUGGACGGUUCAGGGCAGUGCCACUCGACAGACACAGUGAGGAACACGCUGGACCCCAAAUGGAACCAGCACUAUGACCUGUAUAUCGGGAAGUCGGACUCCAUCACUAUCAGUGUGUGGAACCAUAAAAAGAUCCAUAAGAAACAGGGAGCGGGAUUCCUGGGAUGUGUACGGCUCCUCUCCAACUCCAUUAACCGACUCAAGGACACAGGCUGUAAGUAUCAGCGUUUGGACCUGAACAAGUUGGGGCCCAAUGACAGCGAUACCGUGAGGGGACAGAUAGUAGUUAGUCUUCAGUCCAGGGACAGGAUAGGCACCGGAGGGCCAGUCGUGGACUGCAGUCGUCUGUUUGACAACGACCUGCCUGAUGGCUGGGAGGAGAGGAGAACUGCAUCUGGUCGGAUCCAGUAUCUGAAUCAUAUCACACGCAGCACCCAAUGGGAGAGACCUACCAGGCCUGCGUCUGAGUACUCGAGCCCCGGCCGGCCGCUCAGCUGCCUGGUGGAUGAGAACACGCCCAUCAUGACGCCCAACGGGGCAGCGGGCGUACCUGCGGAUGAUCCCCGGGUGCAGGAGCGGAGGGUUCGCUCUCAGAGACACAGAAACUACAUGAGCAGGACUCACCUACACACACCGCCCGACCUGCCUGAGGGAUACGAGCAAAGGACCACGCAGCAGGGUCAGGUGUACUUCCUGCACACGCAGACGGGCGUCAGCACAUGGCACGACCCCAGAGUGCCCAGGGAUCUCAGUAAUGUGAAUUGUGAGGAGCUGGGCCCAUUGCCUCCAGGCUGGGAGAUAAGAAACACAGCCACCGGACGAGUGUACUUUGUGGACCACAACAACCGGACCACACAAUUCACAGACCCGCGUCUCUCCGCUAACCUGCACCUCGUCUUAAAUCCCAGUCCGAAUGGCUCCCGUGGUGCCGUUGAGGCUCAGAGCAGUCGUCCCGGACAGCUGAAGGAGCAGGCUCAGUCUGUCAUGUCUCCCGGAAAUCUCCCCGAGGACCCUGAAUGUCUCACGGUGCCCAAGUACAAGCGAGAUCUGGUGCAGAAACUGAAAAUCCUGCGACAGGAGCUGUCCCAGCAGCAGCCGCAGGCAGGACACUGCCGUAUCGAGGUCUCGCGUGAGGAGAUCUUUGAGGAAUCAUACCGGCAGGUGAUGAAGAUGAGGCCGAAGGACCUGUGGAAGAGGUUGAUGGUCAAGUUCAGAGGAGAGGAAGGUCUCGACUAUGGUGGAGUCGCUAGGGAGUGGUUGUACUUGCUGUCGCAUGAGAUGUUAAAUCCAUACUACGGACUGUUCCAGUAUUCACGAGAUGACAUCUACACGCUACAGAUCAACCCGGACUCUGCCGUCAAUCCGGAGCAUUUGUCUUAUUUCCACUUUGUGGGGAGGAUUAUGGGAAUGGCUGUUUUCCACGGGCACUACAUAGACGGAGGCUUCACUCUGCCCUUCUACAAGCAGUUGCUGGGGAAACCCAUCACUCUGGACGACAUGGAGUCAGUGGAUCCAGAUCUCCACAACAGCCUUGUCUGGAUCCUAGAUAAUGACAUCACUGGGGUGUUGGACCACACGUUCUGUGUCGAACACAAUGCAUACGGAGAGAUCAUUCAACACGAGCUCAAACCCAACGGCAAGAGCAUCCCUGUCACCCAGGACACCAAGAAGGAGUAUGUGAGGCUGUAUGUGAACUGGCGGUUCCUGAGGGGCAUCGAGGCUCAGUUCCUGGCCCUGCAGAAAGGCUUUAAUGAGGUCAUCCCACAGCACCUACUCAAGGCGUUUGAUGAGAAAGAGUUGGAGCUUAUUGUGUGUGGACUCGGGAAGAUCGACAUCAACGACUGGAAGUCAAACACCCGUCUGAAGCACUGCACGCCUGACAGUAACAUCGUGAAGUGGUUCUGGCGGGCCGUAGAGUCGUAUGAUGAGGAGAGGAGAGCCAGACUGCUGCAGUUUGUCACCGGCUCCUCCAGAGUCCCACUGCAAGGAUUCAAAGCCCUGCAAGGUGCUGCUGGACCACGUCUCUUCACCAUCCAUCAGAUCGACGCCAGCACCAACAAUCUGCCCAAAGCACACACUUGCUUCAACCGUAUCGACAUUCCUCCGUACGAGGGCUACGACAAACUCUAUGACAAGCUGCUGACGGCCAUCGAGGAGACCUGCGGCUUCGCUGUGGAAUGAUCGUCCGCCGCCGGCGCUCGCAGAGGAACCUUUCUCCAGGCGGGACAGACCUGUCAGUCAGCCGGCAGACGUGUGGGCCUCACGAGGGGCUGAGGAAAGGGUGGAUUAUACCGCAGCACUCCACGCCUGAUGCUGCUAUACACAUCUUUCUGCAUUAUUUGAAACGAAGAGAAGAAAACAACGUAUCGUUUCAGCUGCUAGUAACUCUUUUACUUACUAUUUUGGAACCUCCUCUUCCUCUUUUUGUUUUUAAGUCCAUACGUAAAAUUUUUAGCAUUAAGACAGCAUAUUAACAGUAUUUCAUGUAGCAUUUUCACAGACUAGACUUUAGGAGAGGCCGGACUUUAGAAGGGCACGCAGAACUAGAGCGCGCCGGCAUGAGCUAACGCAGAAGCACUACUGUCCUUACCGAAGACUAGACGAGAGGAAGAUGCAAACGUCAACAAAAGACUAAGUUUGUCAUUUGGGACCUGCACAGGGUGCUGAUCUUCGGCCCGCUCGGACCUUAGCAAGCCGCGAGAUGAAUUCCUUUCGAUCAGGGAACUCGGCUCCACUGGCCUCUUCUGGGCUGCCCUACACCAGACACCAUCUUGACUGCCUGUGCUCCAUUCCUCAAGACUGGUGUCGUCUGCAGUCGGACUUAUAAGCUUGUUGAAAGUGAACGAACGAAUACAUGAAUUCUUUGGUAGGUAGGUAGGUAGGUAGUCUAGCUUUAUUUUUAUAUGAGAGGCGUGAGAGGACGAGGUUAAAGGAGUAAAACUAUACAGAUAUAAUAUAUUGGCAUGGUCGCAGGAACCGUUGCCGAUGUUUCCAGAGCAAAAAAUGAAGUUGAGCCCAUUGAAAUGGCUUCAGUGAGGCUGGCUUUGGCUUGCUUUGAAUGUUCAAAUUCCAUCUUUUUUUUCUUUUUUUUUUUUUUAAAUUGUGAAGAAAAACAUUUUAAUAUGUUGCAUUACUGGUGUCAUCUUUUUGGUAAACUGUAUUCUAAUCUGUCUCCGAUGUCAAUCGAACCCUUUAAUAGAUUUAAAUAUGAUGCAUAUGUAUGAGCAUGUUAAUGAGAUGUGAAGUGUCUUCCAUUUCAUACCUUCCCAUUAUAUUGUUACCAUUUAUAUUCUGGGCCUGUUUUUUAUUAGAAUUGUUAUUAUUUCCUAAAAGAAGAAAUGCAACUGUUUACCCGUUCAUGGAAAUCAAGGGAGAGAAGUGUCCGUAUUACUUGUUAUUUUUGUAAUUUAUUAGUAACCCAUUGUAGUACCAAUUUACUGAAUUUUUUUACCAUCACAAAUGUCACUGGCCUUCAGUGAGCGUUACAGACGAACUGAAAGGAGGAUCGCUGUACUAAAGAACAAGAAACAAUUCUAUCUUUUAUAGAAAUACAUCAGCUUUAGGUGUAAAUCUAGCAGAAAACAAUAAAAGCAUGUCUCGUGUGCUCUUA